AAUUGUCCGUCCACUUUAUCAGGUUUGUGAUAAUAAUGCAUUAGUGCUAAGCCUCUCUCAUCAAAGUAGUUGAGAAAUGUGAGCCCGCCCCCUUUCAGGAGUAAAACCUAAUAUUUCUCUGCGCUGGGAGAGGGUGAGGGAGAGACUCGGCCAGGAUUGUGGGAGCGAAGAGAAACAGCCCUCACAACAUCAUCAGCUACAGACGUCCACGGCUUCAACCGUCCCUUCUUUUCGCCGACACAUCACUGGAGACCAAGCAACCAUCCUCACUGUCCUCAAAGACACAGUCAGACGAGAGAGUGGCUAGUUUUUGAUAUUAUUUCAUAGUGCCGUUCUUUUUUGAGUUGCGUUGCUACCAGUGCUGGAUUUAAGUGCGUCUUUGCGAAGUCCAUCCCGGGCACCCAACGGCUUCCUGUACGCUCUGUCAUUCGGCCGGACGACACAACCGGAGACUGCCUGUGGUAUCUCGCACUUACCGGACAGAUUUCAUGCAUAAUAAAGUACGGAUGCUGGAAUCUUUGAAUUGAUCGGAGCAAGUCAAGAGAAGAGAGAGAAGAGAGAGAAGAGAAAGCGUUUUGAGGAGAGGCAGAAGAAAGCAUAAAGUUCUUUAGGGAGAGGAGAGAAGAAGAAGACGGGGACAAUGGGGAGGAAAAAGAUUCAGAUCACGCGGAUUAUGGAUGAACGCAACAGACAGGUGACGUUUACGAAGAGGAAGUUUGGCCUGAUGAAGAAGGCGUAUGAGCUGAGUGUGCUGUGUGACUGUGAGAUCGCUCUCAUCAUCUUCAACAGCACCAAUAAGCUGUUCCAGUACGCCAGCACCGAUAUGGACAAGGUGCUGCUCAAGUACACCGAGUACAACGAGCCCCACGAGAGCAGGACCAACUCUGACAUUGUGGAAACAUUGAGAAAGAAGGGCCUAAAUGGCUGUGACAGCCCUGACCCCGACGCAGAUGACUCCAUCGGCCACAGCCCUGAGUCUGAGGAAAAGUACAGGAAAAUAAAUGAAGACAUUGAUCUGAUGAUCAGCAGACAGAGACUGUGUGGUGUUCCCUCCUCCAACUAUGAGAUGCCGGUGUCCAUCCCUGUUAACAACCAGAACAGUCUCAUCUACAGCCACCCAGGAGGUUCCCUAGGCAACCACAACCUGCUGCCCCUGGCACACCACAUGCAGAGGAACAGCAUGUCCCCCGGUGUCACACAUAGACCUCCCAGUGCAGGUGGCCUCAUGGGUGCUGACCUCACCACUGGUGCGGGCACCAGUGCUGGCAAUGGCUACGGGAACCACCACCGUAACUCGCCUGGUCUACUGGUCUCUCCGGGCAGCAUGAACAAGAGCAUGCAGGCCAAGUCUCCCCCGACCAUGAACCUGGGAAUGAACAGCAACCGCAAGCCUGACCUGCGGGUGCUUGUCCCCCCUGGAGUCAAGAACAACAUGCCCUCCAUCAACCAGAGAAUAAACAACUCCCAGUCUGCACAGUCAUUGGCCACCCCUGUGGUUUCAGUAGCAACGCCCACCCUACCAGGACAAGGAAUGGGCGGUUACCCAUCAGCCAUGUCCACUUCAUACGGUACUGAAUACUCGCUGAGCAGUGCAGACCUGUCCUCCCUGUCUGGCUUUAACAGUGGUAGCUCCCUCCACCUGGGCUCCAUGAGCGGAUGGCAACAGCAACACCUCCAGAACAUGCAGCAGCACUCUGCCCUCAGUCAGCUAGGAAAUUGCAAUAGCAAUCACUUAUGUCACAAUUCAAAUCUCUCCCUGCCUUCUGCUCAAAGCCUGCACAUCAAGUCCGAACCUGUUUCUCCUCCUAGAGAUCGCACCAGCAGCACACCGGGGGGCUACGGCGUCCCGCAGCAACAGAACCCCUCGUCUCGCCAGGACUCAGGCCGCUCCCCUGUCGACAGCCUGAGUAGCUGCAGCAGCUCCCACGAGGGCAGCGACCGCGACGAUCACAGGAACGAGUUCCACUCUCCACUGGGAAUGUCCCGGCCCGCCCUGGACGGGUGCGAGAGCCCCUCGGUCAAACGCGUGCGCCUGUCCGAGGGAUGGGCCACAUGAUUGCCACAUCCAGUGCUGGCCGUCGCUCAAGCCUCGCUCACGCUGCGACGUCAUGAUGCCCCGACACCCUCACUCUCGAUAUCACCACGCGACGCGUCACUCACCUCCGGAGCCCAUGCUCUCUCUAUCUCUCUCUCUCUCUUAUCUCUCUCUCUCUAUCUCAUUGGAGGAAGGGGGGCACCUUUUUCUAUAUUUAACUGUAAUGCUUCUUUUUGCUUUUUGCAGAGUAUGUGUGCUAUACAUAUUGAAGUUCUAUAAAGCAGUGGAGGAGGUUGGUUGGAAUGGGGUUAGGGGAUAUUUUUGGUGGGGAACUAUGCAUUACUUGUGCCGUGUGUGGGGAAAAAAAUGUAUGCAUAUAAAUUUACACGUGUGUCUAUGUGCACAUAUAUGCAUAUCAACAAAUAAACAAAAAAAAGUCAGGUACUCUGUUUUGUAAAAGUACUUAUAACUUUCCUCAGUGAUAAUCAGUUACUAGUAGAGGAAACAUCCAGAGUGUAUGUUGCUAAGUGAACAGCCUAGCACUUGAGUUGGCCAACCAAUACAUGUGUACAGCGUCAAUUUCAUUGCUACCUUUCUCCGCGGUUCUCCCUUACAAAAUGUUUGUUACGAUAGACGAUGUCAUGUUGCAGGUUCAACGUAUUUAUGUAAAUAGAGGGUCAGAUGGCAAAGGGGAGGUGUCAAAAGUUGCCAGACAUUACAGAUUAUUCAUACACAAAAUGAAAGCUAAUAUGCAACAUUUGAAGGAUUGUACAGGUUUUACCGCAGGCCCAUUGGUAGAUGUGAGGAACCAGGAAGAGAACCCAUGCUAAACAGAGAGCUCCUCCUCAAAUAUGGAGCCUAUAGAUAGGAACAUCCUUUUACCCAAGAGCCAUGUUAGUGUAAUCAAGAAACCAUGGGUCUUGUAUUAGAUAUUCAGCAUAAAAAAAACAAUUGUACGAUACACUUGCUUAUAUUUUCAUAUGAAAGGAAUACAAUGCAAAGCAUUUUUGAGGCUUUUUGUAGUUUCUAUAAGCCAGAAUGUGUUUUUUGAUAGCUUUGCUAAUAUGAAUGAGAUGGAUAGUCCGACAAGAAAUGAAAUUACUGGGCGUCCAAACCAAGCCAUGAGAACAGACUGAGAACCCAUGCUUUGCUGAACUGUUUUCUCUUUGUAGAGGUUUUGUUUUUAAACGUGUAUUUCUAAUUAUAUAUAAUAAUGAUCAAAUUAAGACUCUUUAGAAAAAAUCUGUGAAAUUAACAUGCUUGUGUAUAGCUUUCUAAUAUAUAAAUAUAUAUAAUAAUGUGUUUUUUUUCUUAGUGGAGUUUCUUAUGUGCAGUUGUUUGUUAUUUUGUUUUAUUUGAGCCUGGGACAUCGAUGUUCAGAGGCAUAUUUAGUCUAACCUUGAAAAGCAGCUAAACAGAGUUGACCAUGUCUGUGUUUAUGAGUAAAUUAAUAAAGAUAGACCUCUUUCAAACAAGUUUGAGGAAACUGUGUGGGGAUUGAAAGAGGGGGUUAAUGCCCAGGCAGGAGAUGACAUCCCACUGGGCACAGACAUGAGUUCAAGUUAUAGUUUUGAUUUAGAUUUGGUUGAGUUGUCAACUAAUGUGAAUUCAACGUGAAAUCAACAAAACAUGUCACCACGUCAUUGAAUUUAGGUCAAAAGGGUGAAAAAAAUAUGAAAUUCCCUUUGGGUUGAAAUGACGUGGAAACAACAUUGAUUCAAUCAGUUUUUACCCAGUGGGAUGUGACAUCCCAAAUGAAGGUUUGAUAUCACUCAUGGUGACCCAUCUUUGUUAUGUCAUGAUCCUCAUCGUUAGGAUUCUACAACACCCGCCGACAUCUUCUUUGAUGGGCCUUUGACCCACCUAUUUUGUAUAUUUUCAAGGUUUUAUUUAAUGUUUUCACUACAAAUCAUUUGCCAAGCAUCACAAUGAGACCCAACGUUGUGUGCAGGACACCACAUAAGUCCAGAUUAAAAUAUUUAUUUGAUAGUUUGUAUUUGUGUCAAAUGAUCGAGCUGUUGAGUAUUUUUGUGGUCUCUAAUCACGAGGUGUUGUGCUGUAUUUGACCCCACUCAGUCCAAUGGCCAGCUCAGUGUUCCACCCAUCCCCUCUCCCCCUAAUGUUCAUGCUUAGGAAAAGCAAGAGUUGAUCUCAGACAAAUAUAACUUGUUUUUAAAAAAACAACAUGAAACUAGCCACAUCUCUCUCUCUCUCUCUGCCUCCCUAGUCUGCUGUCACUCAAGUGUUAUGGUAUUUCUGUGUGCAUAUUUCAUGCCAGUUCACUAUGUUGUUAGUGUAUGCAGUCUGUGUAGUCAGAAACAGGGGCAGAGCCCCUAUGCUGUUCUUUCUUUCUUUUUUUCCAAUACAAUUUUUAUUUUAAACAUGAUAUUUCAGGCAGCAUAUGUGUGGAGAAACCAAAGCCAGUGGCAUUUCUGUGUUGUAAUAUUAUUCACCUUUUAUUUUCACAUUCAUUUAUGGUUAUUGCAAGCAUUGACAAAAACAAUAAAAGCAUUUACUCAAAAUGUA